AAAACAAGAGUAAGCAUGAAGAAGAGCUCAACGCUGACAACGACCACGUCGAUGCCGACGAGUCCGACGCUCUCGGCCCAAACACUGUCGGCCAGCAAAAUGAGCCUGAGCAGCAGCCGUUCGGGCCGAUCCUCCUGCCAAUCGCACGGACCGAUCCGGCCAGGCAGCGGUUGCGUCGACGCCAUCAAGGCCAAGCGCGAGGAGAUCGAAAUCGAUAGCAUACUCGAGAAGGCGAAAUUCUACACCUCCGUGUGCCUUGGUACGACUGCCAUACUGUCGGUGUUCACAUUUCUCUUCCUGAUACCCUUUGUCGUGGAUCCCGCCAUCUCAACAAUUAUAGCCGACUACGAUCCGGUGCCGGUGACCUGCGUUGUCAUCGAUCACAUUUAUGCGGAGGGCAUCAAGAACUGCACCUGGAGCUCCUGUCGCGAGGGCUGCACCUCAUCACUCACCAAGUGCCAUCAGCUGUUUGUCAACUAUACGCGCAUACCCUACAGCGAAUGGGAGCGCAAUCCUCGAGACUUGGAGCGCGUCAAUUGGGAUGUCAGCUAUACAAAGUUUCUGAUCAACUCCGAGGGUUGCGGCUACCCGCCCACGACCAAUUGCAGCGUUUUUGCCAGACAAUAUGGCUUCUCUCACAUUGGCGAACCGUUUCCCUGCUACUAUAGUCGCGCCUAUCCGCAGGUCGUCAUCGGUCGCUAUUCGUGGGAGAAUAAUCUGUAUCAUCUGGUGCUGUCGCUGAUAAUACCGAAUGUGCUCUUUGCCAUCUCGAUCGGGGUGCUCAGCUAUUGGUAUUGCCCCUGCUGUGAGAAGGCGUGCAACAAAUCCUCACGGGUCUAUGCCGAAAAGUUUCCAACCAAGGAAGAGAUCGUUAACUGCAUGAAAUGUAAUACGGAAAAGUCGUUAACUUUAAAAGUAUAUUGAAUAACUCUGAAAAGCGACAGUGCCUGAAUUUGUUGUGCUCCCCCGCCCCCUUCACAUUCUAAGCUAGUUGUUCAAAUCGAGGGACUACAACUUAAAUCUAAGUGCUAGCAAAAGAAAAACCUGACACAAUCAAACGCUUUGUUAGAGAUCACGCUCAGUACACAAAAACAAAACGUAAACUCGGCUUUGAAAAAGUUACUCUGAAGUGUCCUUAGCAAAUAUAUAUAUAUAUAUAUAUAUAUAUGUUUCACGAGCUCAGCUUCAAGCUGUCAUCUCGCAAUUAAUUAUAUAAAAACUCCUUCGAACUCUCAACAAGACUUAUUCAAUAAUCAAAGAGCACAAACUGAUAUAUACUGCAUUAUAUAGCUAUAGUCUUUGUUGAGAUACUUUCGAGUAUCCCUCAAAAAAGAAAACCCUGCACUAGUCCAGACUUUGAAUAUUAUUCACUAUACAACGCUCAGUUUAUAUGCGACCAAAAAAUAAAUACCUAAUUAUAUAUAAUAGUAGCAUGUUUUUCCAGUAUUUCUAGUUAUUUGACUUUAGUUUUUGCAUGCUUCACUUUAAGAUAAGUACACUCAGAGAAAAGAUCUAGCUCUAGAGCCAAGAUCUAGUUAAAGCCAUAUUUCUAUAAUAUUUAUCAUUUUCUUCAAAAGCAUUCAAUCUUUAAGAGGAAUAUUAGUCAUACUUAAAUUAAGCAUGAAAAACAUUCUUUUAAAGAUUUACUUACUUAAUUUAAGAAAUAUAAUUAACAUUUUUUUUAAAGGAUUGCAUGCUUUUGAAGAAAAUUGUAAAAAGAAGAGCUUGGUUUAAGCACUGCAGACUUAUUCUAAGAAUUUGCAUGCUUAAACUAAGCAUGAAAAGUUCUCACUGCAAGCAAAAAGGAUUUCAUAUUGUUUUAAAAGAAAAUGGCUUCGUUUAAGUUUCAAAAACUUGUAAUAAGAAUAAGAAUAAGAAUUUGCAUACUCAAACUAAGCAUUAAAAGUUCUCAAAUGCAAGUAAAAAAGAUUUCACAUUGAAUCAAGUUUGAAAGAAUUUCAACUUUCUAAAGAAGGAACUUGCUACAAAUACGAAGCUAGUUGCAUUUUCUCUGAGUGUAUUUGCCUCAGGCUAUAGUUAAAGAACCUUUGGCAUGUACCCAACUAAUGUAACUGAAUAAUCUGGUAUUUAAACUGAUAUUUUGCUUAAAUUGUAAUUCGCAUUAGAAACGUUUUUGAACUUUCGUACCAAUGAAUUCUUUUAGCAAACUUCUGUGUCACAGCGAUGAAGAGGAUGAAAUGGAAUACUAGCAAUAAAUUCAAAUUAGUUAAUAAACUCUCUUAACAACUUAGCUAAUUAACUUUGUAGUCUGUACCAAAAACACACACACACUCACACACACACACAUAUAGCUUAAAAAAUAUUAUAGAAGUAAAGCCAUCUGCCAUUAAAGUAUAAAGGAGACACAGCGGAGCAUUGAAAUUCUACUUGAGAUCUAAAAAAACAAAAAAACAUAUUUAAAUCUUUUAAAACAAUUAGCUCAUUGCCAAUUUUCACACACAUCUUAUUAUGCUUUAUACACAUUUAUCUCAAAAAUAGAGAAAUUGAAAGCUUUUGUUCUACUUUCGCUCGCUUUUGAACGCAGCUGGAUGCUCCGCCUGGCCCAACAGAUCAAAUCUCAA